GGCAGGCCGCGCAGGCGCGCUGAGCAGGUGCCGGUCAGUCCCGAAGGCGGGGGGGCUGCCGCUGGGUGGAUCGGCGUGCGAAGGGGUCGCUGAGUGGGUCUGCGGAGAGGCGAGGCAGGGCGGGGCGGCCGGCACCAUGUCGAGGCAGGCGAACCGCGGCACGGAGAGCAAGAAAAUGAGCUCUGAGCUCUUUACCCUGACCUAUGGUGCUCUGGUCACUCAGCUGUGCAAGGACUACGAAAAUGAUGAAGACGUGAAUAAACAACUUGACAAAAUGGGCUAUAACAUUGGAGUCCGACUGAUUGAAGAUUUUUUGGCACGAUCGAAUGUUGGAAGGUGCCAUGACUUUCGGGAAACUGCAGAUGUCAUUGCCAAGGUCGCGUUCAAGAUGUACUUGGGCAUCACUCCAAGCAUCACCAACUGGAGCCCCGCCGGCGACGAGUUCUCCCUCAUUUUGGAAAAUAACCCCCUGGUGGACUUUGUGGAACUUCCUGAUAACCACUCCUCCCUCAUUUAUUCCAAUCUCUUAUGUGGGGUGUUACGGGGAGCCUUGGAGAUGGUCCAGAUGGCUGUGGAGGCCAAGUUUGUCCAAGACACCCUGAAAGGAGACGGUGUGACAGAAAUCCGGAUGAGGUUCAUCAGGCGGAUUGAGGACAAUCUCCCAGCUGGGGAGGAGUGACCGUCCCCAGGCCUUGAGGGUCGCCAGCUGGAGCACUUGGGACCGGAAAGCCUCGGCGCUCCCUCCGCCUCCAGAGCUCUGACUCCCGUGGGUGCUCAGCCCUCCUCACCUGCCUCCCUUCUCUGCUAUUCAGGAGCAGACUGAUGCAGUGCGCUCCCCGCGCCCCUGCAGGAGGCGUCUCUGCUCCCCAGAGGGCCUGGAUGGAAUCACCCCUGGCUGGACAUUCCGUGUGAAUUUUCCACGGCUAGCCCCAUUCCACUCCGUUAGGAGGGAAGCCCGGCACCUUUAUCUGUGUGCCUUCAGAAAGCCACUGGCAAGUGGCCCGAGGGAAUCUGGGGUUGUGGGGUGGAGGAGGAAGGGUGGGGCAGGGACGCCAGCUGCAGAGUGACACCACAGUGCGCGUGCCGGGGGAGGGAGCCGGUCUGCUGGAAACAGCGACUGACCGCCUGGCCUUCCAUCCCGCCUGCUGUUUGAAGGUAACAUCUUUUUUAAAGAGGGUCCGUCCUUUUUUCUUAGAAAUUCUUCAGUAAAGACAUUCUUGAGUGAAAUCCCAA